UCACUAACUUCUUCAAGAUGUCCAACUUUCCCUGGCAAACCCCGAAGAAUGCUGUCCCUGAUCUCUGCAUCCUGAAUCCUGUGUCCUGAGUUUUCAGCGGGAUGGUGCCAUGGGGAAUUUCCUGGUUUGGAAAGCCCAGCGCAGCGGGGGUGGGGGGAGGAGCGAGAGUUUGAGAGCAUAAAACAGCAACAUGUGGCUCAGAGGGUUCAGUGUCAACGCUCAGCUCGUCUCCAGCAUGAAGUUUCAUCAGCAGUUCGUCUUCCUGAGCCUCUGCUAUGUGCUGUUCACAGUGAGGGAGGCAGACAGCACGUUCGUCCCGGGAAGAUGUUUGUGUCCACGAACCCAAAUGGGAGUGAGAGGGAAACUGAAAGAGCUCACAGUCCUCCCCAAAAGCCCCAGCUGCCACAACGUGACAGUGAUAGUGACAAUGAGGAGAAACGAUCAGCCUGUGUGUCUGAAUCCUGAGGGACGGAUGGGGAGACAGCUGAUCCGCUGCUGGAAUAGAGUUCAUGAGUUGAGCCGUGAUGUGAAGCUGUGUCUGAGGAGGAGGAAGGGGAGGGGUGGCGGCGAACGCCAGCGGCUCCGGCAGAGGAGACGCAGCCACAGCAGAAAACAGUCGCCCUCAGACGCUCAGUAGCUCAGCAGACUGACAGACGACACAAAGCUACUGCGCGGAGGGGAUUGUGUGUUUGUGUGCAGGCUGAUACUUGCCACGCGCUGGUCUCUCACUGUGGCUUCAGGCCGCCAGUGUCACGCUACCACUUUUCAUUUUCUCAGUAAAUGUGGCACUGUUGAGAAAUACGACUAUUUCAAACUGCUGACCUAUCGAUCAAAGUCUCCAUGGGGCAGCAACAGGGAGCGUUAUGUUGUUUGUGUGCAUAUGACUGAUGUAAUGAUUUAAAACAAAGCCCUGGAGGCUUUUUGUAAAUGUUAACAGGUUAGGAUUUAAAGCAUUGUUAUAUGUUCGAAACAUUGUUUAUGUGUGGCUCUGUAUUCGCAGCUGGAAAAAGUUACUGAACACUUUGUUGCUAAUUUAUUUUUAUAUGACUACGAGAAUUUUUCAGACAUUGUUUUUUUAAAUAAAUAAAUAUAUAUCAAAACAA